AUGUUUCCAUUCAAUGGCCGUAGCUCAGAGAAUCCAAGGAAUGCGGAGGGAAUCAACCCCUUGGAAGCAACUCCGUACUUCCUUGCCGUUGAUCAGCCGCCAGCAGCAAAAGAGGGGCAAGCACCAAUGCCGGCUUCGCAAAAAGACAUUGUCCAAGCCAUUGUGGACGAAAUGGGCGAGCAUUACGACGUGCCACGGGUGUCCAAGGCCAGCGUCGCUGAGGGUGGGAUGACGGAGCUCCAGGACGCCAUGGCCUUGGACCUUUGGCUCGAGCCUUCGGCCAUUGCCCUCGCAGAGGACUUCUGUGCCAGCCUGGAGCCGCCCGGGUGGUUUUGCAAGAAUGGUCUGCUCGCAAACCUCCGGACAAUAGCCGAUGAGUUCUGCAACGGCCAGAAGCUGCGGGCCAUGCGGUCGGCAGCCGCAUCUGGUAUCAUCGUGGAGAAGAUGCCAGCCUGGAGCAGGGACUUGUCUGAACUGUGCUGA